GCUCACUCUCCGCCGAGCCACCGCCAUUUUGUGACCGUGUUCUCCGCCGUGGCCCCGGAUCCGGCUUCUCUCGCACGUAUGCAGAUCAAUGUUACCUCUGGCUCUCGUCGAGUACCGACGAAGGAAGUUCACGCUCGAACCCCCGGUUGUGGGCAGCAGCUUUUGUUGGCAGUUCAGUAACAACACUUUCCACUUGUUCUGAAAUAACACCAAUGUUUUGCUUGCGGUUUUGUCAGAUUUCCACAUGGUUCUAUAAUGCACAACCAUCUGAGACUUAGAAUUAAUGGACUGAGCCCACAAUUCUUGAGGCCGAGAAGAGGUUGUGUGAGCAGCGCACUGGAGCAUGGUUUUAAGGCACUGACUGAUCGUUCAGUCAUGGCUGAUAAGAGGAAAUUACAAGGAGAAAUUGAUCGCUGUCUGAAGAAAGUCAGUGAGGGUGUGGAAACCUUCGAAGACAUCUGGCAAAAGGUUCACAGCGCAGCAAAUGCAAAUCAGAAAGAAAAAUAUGAAGCUGACCUGAAGAAGGAAAUUAAGAAACUACAGAGGUUGCGAGACCAAAUAAAGACAUGGGUGGCCUCCAACGAAAUUAAAGACAAGAGGCAGCUGCAAGAAAACAGGAAACUAAUUGAGACGCAAAUGGAAAGGUUCAAGAUAGUGGAGAGAGAAACAAAGACCAAAGCCUAUUCUAAAGAAGGGCUGGGAUCGGCGACAAAGGUGGAUCCUGCACAGAAGGAGAAGGAAGAAAUCUGUCAGUGGUUGACGAAUACGAUAGACUCUUUAAAUAUGCAGGUUGAUCUCUUUGAAAGUGAAAUGGAAACAUUGUCAGCGGUGACAAGGAAAAAAAAGGGUGAGAAAGAGAAACAGGACAGGCUAGAAGAAUUGAAGCAUUACAUCGAGAGACACAGGUACCACAUUAAAAUGCUGGAAACUCUCCUACGCAUGUUAGACAACAGCACAAUAGAAGUGGACCAGAUUAAGAAGAUCAAAGAUGACGUUGAAUACUAUGUUGAUUCCUCUCAGGACCCAGACUUUAAGGAAAAUGAGUUUUUAUACGAUGAUCUUGAUCUUGAGGACAUAGCACAAACAGCAAUCAUGGCAACAUCACCAGCAAGCAACAGUAACAGCAAUGUGGAAGAUGAACUUUUUAACCAGUGCAACAGUACUCCCACCUCUACAACCUCAAGUUCUCCUGUACCCCUCAGUCCAGCCAACCAGUCCGUGGAAAAUCAUGAAGAUGAAAGGAAGCGGAGUAGGUCGGACAGCGAAAUGAGCAUGUCCCCUGCAAAAGUUCUUAGCAGCAAGACGCAUCAUAGUAACAACCUCCCUCCGUCCAUUUCUAUUUCUCAGAGUGUGCAGGGGUCAAUCACCACAAAAACGCCGACCCUGCCCUCGAAUGGAUCCAGCAACGGGGGAAACAAACUGCUACAAACCAGCAAAAGCUACACUCUGACGCAAGGGACGAACUCAGUUUCUGCCUAUGCAGCUGCUGUGGCAGCGGGAACCACCACAAUCAACACCACCAGCUCAUUCCAGUCAAGACCUGCCAAUGCGGUGCCCAUUCCCACCAGCAAGCAGCAAAAUGGGACUGCAAGUUACAGUGCUGUUGUCGCUGAGAACAGUGUGGAACAUCAAAACAGCUACAGUCUUCCCUCCAGUACAAACAGUCAGCCGAGUGGCACCACACCCAUCCAGAAUAAUGUGAAAGAGCCGGUCAGCGUGUCUGUAGCUAUCACGACAAGCAUCAUCCCUGUACUGGCAGCCAGUCAGGUCAACACACAAGCCUCCAACUUUUCUGAUCUUAAACCAACACCAGCCAUGAUGAAUGGACCCUUGCCGUUUGUCUCGCAGGAGCUGAAGCAGGCUCCAGAGACACUCAGCUCUUUAAAAAGUAUGGCAGAACGAGCAGCUGUGAGUGCAGGAUUGGAAGAGCAAGUCCAGUCUUUGCAUUUGAACGAGAGGGUUCUCCUCAGCACCCCAUCAUCGCAGAGCAACUCGAUGACAUCUACUGUUCCGCAAACAACAGAGGUUCAUCUUCAACCGAUGCUGGGAGUGUGCCCACUCAGCCCAGUGCAUCUAUCCAAGGACCAAGAAUACCAGCUGCACAUGGUGGAAUCAGCGUGGCUACACAUGCCUCACCCGUCGGACUCUGAGAGAAUACGACACUACCUCCCUCGUAAUCCAUGUCCCACGCCGCCUUAUCACCAUCAGAUACCCCCUGUCCAUUCGGACACACUGGAGUUCUACCAACGAUUGUCCACAGAAACACUCUUCUUUAUUUUCUACUACCUAGAGGGGACCAAGUCCCAGUAUUUGGCUGCUAAAGCUUUGAAGAAACAGUCCUGGAGGUUCCACACCAAGUACAUGAUGUGGUUCCAGAGACACGAAGAGCCAAAAACAAUCACAGACGAAUAUGAACAGAGUCUCUUUUACAUCAAUUGGGCUGGAGUUUACUUACUCAGCACCUAGCCUCUCAUUAUACUCUCAGUCUCAAGCAAUAUAGGUAAGUGAUGUUGGCAGUUUCGUGCUGUGAAGACAAUGGAGAGGGAAAAGAGCAGAUGCAAGUAGAUUGUGCAGGUGGGUAUGGCUUCUAGAGUAUUGUCUAUUAGGUGAGGCCCAUUGCUUUUGUGUGUGCAUUGAGUCUGAUUUACUCAAUGUAUCAGGUGGCACUGACUUGCCUUGCACUGUCUAAAGCCCAACCGUGGUAUUAUUGAUAGCACUGUUUGGCAGUGGAAUAAACAGCGCUCUUUGGAGGAAAAUAAAUUAGGAGUUGUUAAAAACAAAGCAUUGAGUUGCAAACUGACAAUUAAAAUUGUAGGCACUGAUUGAUGUUACCCAGGAUGAAAGCCGUGUGAAGCAGUGUUUGCGACUAACUUUCCUCU